UAAACAAGGCGGCCUUUCGUCACACACAAGAGACAGGCACAUAUAUCUACCUUUCCUCCUGGCUGUCAGUACUUGUACUUGAGAUAAACCACACACUUCUCUUUCCUUAUUCGAGCUAGCUCACAAAACACUGCAGCAAUUCAACAAAGCACAACCUCAUGAGGAAGGAGAUCAUAAUCCGGAUGCAUGUGAAGUCCGACAAGUGCCAGGCCAAGGCCAUGAAAGUGGCGGCGGCGGUCGGCGGAGUGGAGUCCGUGACGCUGGCCGGCGGCGACAAGAGCCUGCUGCUGGUGAUCGGCACCGGCGUGGACUCGAACAAGCUGGUCAAGAAGCUCAAGAAGAAGGUGGGCGAGGCGGAGAUCGUCGAGCUGCGGACGCACGACACGUUCGAGGCGGCGGCGCUCCCGCUCCCGGGGACCAAGCAGGAGAUGGCGGCGAUGCGGUCGCCGUACAACAGCAGCCACCGCCAGUGGCAGUACAGCAGCUACACCGCGGCGCCCGCCAGCCCGUACGCCUACGCCUACCAGUACUACCCGUCGCCGGUGGGCGCCGCCUCGGGGGAUUAUGGCCACGGCCACGGCCACGGCUACGGCUACGGCUACGGCUACGGAUACGGGGCCAGGGUCAGCAGCUACUCGCUGGCGGCGGCGCAGAGCCACCCGGGCAACUACUCGCCGCUGGUGGAGAGGCACGACUACCAGCCUAUGGACCACAACUCCUCCUCCAGCAAGAGGAAACAGAACACGGCGGCGGUGCCGCGCCGUGGCGGCGGCAGCAACACCUGCGCCAUACUCUAGUACGCUCUACCGCGUACGAAGGUGAUGCGGGCAUGAUCGACGGUAUUGAAGAGGAACUGCCAGCUGCUUCUUGAAUCUUGAGGUCUGAUUCGCAUGGAAACCAUGUGUUUUUUACUCCUCCAUGUGUGGAUUUGUUUGUCUGUGUUUUUUUUUCGGGCUUGGACUAGGCGUGGAAGGAUGUAAAUUUCUGUAGAUGAUUCUGUCGGAUGGAUCAAAGUUGAAUUAGUCGAUCUGUUAAACAUGUACCAUAUGUAUUAGGAGGUUACUGUAAAGUUUACUUGUAUAUGAACAUGCCACAAAGAUGUUCCUUUUAGUGUUACUACAUGUUACUGUCCUCA